CUGCCUUUCAGUUCAUGCCGCCCACGACCGUCAGUCACUGCUUGCGUGUUGAGCAGCACAUGCAAGCGAGGCCUUGGUGGGCGACCAUACUCCGAAGAUGAGACAAGUCGUCUCAGAGAAAUGCUCGCACAGAACAGAAGCAGUGAAGAGAUCGCAGAAGCUUUCCCUGAACGGCCGUUUCGAUCGCUGCUUGACAAGCGCUUAAAGUUAAGAAAGGGGACUGCUAGUCCUUCUUCCAGGAGACUGUGGAGUGAAGACGAAAAACAGCGUCUGGUGCACCUGAAGCUUCAAAGCACCCCUUGGUUGGCUCUCAUGCAACAGUUUCCCGGUCGCUCAAGAGACUCGCUGCGUUCGAAGUGGCGGGAACUUUCGUCUUCACAGUUGAGAAAAGAUACACGUGUCCCCAGGCUAAGCUCAUACUCUGAGCAAGAGGAUGCUCUCAUGGAAAAAUGCAUGGAGAAGGGCAUGCAUUGGAAAAAGAUUGCCGCCGACUAUUUUCCAAACCGCAGUCCUACCGCGAUUUCAGCUAGGAUCGUAUCCAUCAAGGAAGGCAGAGAAUGGUCCGCAGACUUCAAAUGGACUGCAGAAAUCGAUCGGCGCUUGGCAAAGCUUUAUGAUGAAGAGGGAUUAUCAUUUCCUGAUAUCGGCAAGAUCUUGGGUUGUCCUGCUUAUGCUGCUCGUGCAAGACAUUUCGACAGGAACCGUGGAAAACGCAGAGGUAAGGGAAUAUGGGGGAGAGAGGAAACUCAAAAACUACUGGCGUGGAUACAGGCUGGACUGCCAGUGGUCGAUAUCGUGAAAGCUUUUCCCGAAAGGACAUUUGAAUCUGUCCAUUCAAAGGCCUGCAAGCUACGUCGGCAUCAUGGCAUUCAAAGUUCCCGAACUCGCCGAUCAUCGUAGGGUAGUAGGACUUUGGAUACGCGAAUGAGAGUCAUAGUCUUCACCAAGAUGGCAUGAAGCGCAGUAAACCCGCGAGGUAUUCCUCUUACCCGGAGCACCGAGACCUUGAAGGAUAUCUCGACGGAGAAGUACCUAUCUUUUAACAUGACGUUGAGGCGCCAGUGUAGCGCUAGGCAGGGAGGAGGAAUGCUCGUUGUCGCACUCCGUAGAUCCUACGGCAUAGCUGACGACCAACCCUCGCUAUCGCCGCGGGAAUGAAGUAGCGGAGUGUUUGUCAAGAUGGAGUGGACUGCUUGUACAGGAAGUAUAUCAUGGGCAGCACGUGGAACAGGGUUGGUAAUCGAGGACGAUAAAACCAAGCACUAUACCAAUUUUAUGGUAGGGCAGUAAGCACAUCGAGGGUAGAGGCAAAUCUUCCUUAGCUUAACAUCCAAAUUUGUACAGUAUGAUAGGUGUCCGACUAUAGUAAGGUAAAAUUAUCGAGCCAG